CAGCGAUAUAUCGCACUUCUUCUGUCUGUGAGCAGCAGGGGGUGAGGCGACAGGGAGGUAAGGAGGGCAGGAAAGAUUGCGUGCGCGUGUGCGUGUGCCUGUGAUAGGCAGAGAAAGAGAAGCGGGCCUCCGAGAGUCAGAACUUGAGAGGCUUGAGGCCGAGAGGCGGGAGAGGGGAGAAGAUCGCAGUGUCACGGAUUCCUCCCUCUCAGCUUGUAGUUCCCCGGACAUUAUUCGUGUUAUCAAUUCACGUGUCAUGUGGGUAUUGAAAGUUUAAUUCAUUCUGCAGGCAUCGAUCAGAGAAUAACAUGUGGAUCAGGAGAGCCAACGGAGAAAGCCGAUCGAGGAGACCGGAGGCUGCUAGUCCUAGUGAUGUUGCUGGCAUCUGUUUGAGGCGGACUGCCGCUGCCGCUGCUGGAUUGUGAGCGGGGACGCCUUUUGCGCUGCCCUCCUGUCUGCUGUCUAUCUGAGCCUUUUCCACUUUCCCAUGCACGAACAUUACUUCGCUUGCGCAAUUUCCACUGGCGAUCUGUGUGAAGAGGAAGAGGGAGAAAGAGCGAGGAAAUCCUCUGUCUUGUUCGUGUUUCUUCGUGGUUCCGUCUCGUUUGUGUCGACUGUCUAGCGAAGUCUCUACACGUUUCGGCUAUGGCGGCCGGUACGGCAUCUGUGCUGUCCUGUUUGCGUCUCUGGGAAUAUGCGGACAACUACAUUUUCGAACCCUUCGAGGAGAAUAGCCCGUCUUUGCCCGUCCUCAAGGUCGAUCGUGACGGCGGAGAUCUGAGACUCGAUGCGGAUGAGUCGACAGCCAUUCCCUCUGCUUCGGAUGGAGUCGUAGCGAAGAGGACGCGGACCGUCUAUGGCAUCCUCGGCAUGUUACGUCUCCUAGCAGGUCCGUAUCUGAUUGUCUUGACAGGACGGCAGGGUGUUGGAGUCUUCAGGGAAAGUGCUGUGUGGCGGGUGACAGGGAUGGACAUACUCCCGUGUUUUACCAGCACGAAACACUUGUCUGCAUCACAGAAGCGUGAUGAGGAAAACUUUGUUCAGAUGUUGCACAUGAUCUCGGAGGUGCAUGGACUUUUCUUUUCGUACUCAGCAGACAUCACAAUCAGCGCUCAAAAGUUGGCCACAGCCUUAAAAAAUGACGAGUGGAAACUUCAGCCUCUGUGGAAACGGGCGGAGCCUCGGUUCUUCUGGAACAGGCACUUGGCUCAGGCUUUCAUUGAGAGCAGAGGAUUGGACGCCUUUAUAUUACCGGUGAUGCAAGGCAGUUUCCAGAGCUUCCCGCUGGAAGUGAAAGGGAAGAACAUUGAAAUCACUCUUAUUGCUCGACGGUGCUGCCGACGGAUUGGAACAAGAAUGUGGCGGAGAGGUGCUGAUAUUGAUGGCAAUGUUGCCAAUUUUAUGGAGACAGAGCAAAUACUAUCUGUCGACGGCUCCCUAGCAGCGUAUCUGCAGGUGAGAGGAUCUAUUCCGGUGUUUUGGGAGCAGAUUGUGGAUUUGAAGUACAAGCCAAAUAUUACACCGAUCAAUUCUGAUGAAAGUCAGAAGGUCACAGAGAGACAUUUUCGUGAUCUGCUAAACAGUUAUGGGGCUCCAAUUGUCAUAGUGGACUUGGUUAAUCAGAGUGGUGGUGAGAGCUUGCUGGGAGCUGCGUAUUCGGCUGGGGUGCAAAGUCUGGCGAAUGAUGAAAUCAGAUAUGUUGCAUUCGACUUCCACAAAGAAUGUGGUGAGGCACGAUAUGACAGGCUGUAUGAUCUUUUCCAGAGCAUAUCUGACUCGGUGACGAAACAGAGGCAAUUUCUGGCAAAAGCAACUGGAGAGAAGUUAGAGGAGCAGAAGGGUAUUGUUCGGACAAACUGUGUUGACUGCCUAGAUCGAACAAACGUAUUUCAGAGUGUGAUUGCUCGGAAAGUUUUGGAGAAGCAACUGUAUCUUCUUAGUGUCUUUGAAGAGGAUGAGCCAAUCAGUAAACACAAGAGCUUUGACUUGAAGUACAAGACUUUGUGGGGGAAUCACGGAGAUGAUAUCAGCAUUCAGUACACAGGAACACCUGCACUCAAAAGAGAUUUCGUAAGGACAGGAUCAAGGACAAUCAGAGGACUGGCAGAUGAUGGGAUUAAUUCUCUCGUGAGGUACUACCUGAACAACUUCAGGGAUGGGCUCAGACAGGACUCCUUGGACCUGCUCAUGGGAAGCUAUGUUGUGAAUGAGAGUGAGCCAUCACCGUUCGCACUGGAAGGUCUUGAACGCUUUGCGGAUGCUGUCUUUGAGAGACUCAUCAAUAGUGGAGUGUUGUCAGAGAUGCUGAAUUGGAGGCCAUAUGGCAAUAUGGUUACCCUGGAGUGCUUCGGGUGCCACGAUCGGCCAAGGCCCCAUCCAUUUCGGGAGGAGCUUGCGAGAGAUGUCUUGUUCAAGGCUGAAUUCCCCUGCGGUAACCCAGACGAGGUCGCCGACGCGGAAUGGGCAAGGAAGAUGCUGGCGAUUGGCCUGCUGGCUCGUGCACUGCUGCGUCUUAUCCAUCUGGUCGCGUGCCUUGACAAGAAGUUCUUGCAUCCGACGCAAGAAAAGAAGAUGGUCGUCGCUCUCGGCCGUUUGCGGAGUGAUAAUGUCCAAUGGCGAAGUGACCGGCGAGCCGUGCUCAAACUCAAAGGGCGAUAUCCCGAUAGCCGGGUGGAUAGAGGAGUUGUAGGCCAACUCGACAUCCGGCAGCCACUCAACCCAGUCCUUCUGGCUGGGGCGGAUGAGAGUGCGAAGGGGAACGUGUGCGGUCUGAUGCGCCCUCUCCGCCUGGCCAUCGGUCUGAGGGUGGCGAGCUGAACUUGGCUUGAGAGAUGAGCCUCAUCGCUUGAUGAGCGCCAACCAAAAAUC